AUGACGACCCGCACACACAACGAGUUCCUGGACACUGCAGCCUGCGAUGAUGAGACCAGCGAUCGCGGCUACGACUCAGAAGCCAAUGUAGCAGAGAGCAAAGGACGAGCCGUGAAGCGGCGACGAACAGCCGACACGCAAGACUUCUUCGGAGUAGAGUCAGACGAAGACGACGACAAUGACGAACUCGAGGAAGAAGAAACCCGCGGCAAAGGCAAGAGCCGCAAGCAAGCAAAGACCAAGCAAGCCACCAACGAGGCGGACGAGGAUGAAGAAGACGACUCGAACGACGACGAAGCAGACCAAGACAGCGCAUUCCUAGAAGCAGCCGCCAAAAUCGCACGCACAAAAGCCCUCCAACCAACCGAAAAGAAACCCAAAUCCGUCAACGGCGUCAUCUAUCUCUCCUCUCUCCCACCUUACCUCAAGCCCUUCGCAUUGAAGGCGAUGCUGGAACAACGCGGCUUCGAACCAAUCACAAAGAUCUUCCUGGCCCCUCUCCUCCCCUCAGCAGCAGGAAACCGGCGCCGCAGCAACAAGCGCAAAAUCUACACGGACGGAUGGGUUGAAUUCGCCUCGAAGAAGACAGCUAAGAUUUGCGCCGAGACGCUGAAUGCGCAUAUUGUCGGCGGGCGCAAGGGAGGCUGGUACCACGAUGAUGUGUGGAAUAUGAAAUACCUGCGUGGAUUUAAGUGGACGGAUUUGAUGGAACAGGUUCAGCGUGAGAGGAGUGAGCGCGAGGCUAGGCAGCGGAUUGAGGAUUCGCGCGCUAAGAAGGAAGAGAAGAUGUUUGUUGCUGGUGUUGAGAGCGGGCGUGUUGCUGAUGGGAUGGCGAGGAAGAAUGAGGAGAAGGCGAGGAGGAGGUUGGAGGCUGAGGCUGAGGCUGAGAAGGGGGUGGAGGUGUCGCAGAAGAAGAUUGCUCAGCCCGUUCGGAGACGAUUCCAGCAGAGUGAGGUUGUUCAGGGGAGUAAGGAGGGCGCUGUUGCUGAUGAUGCUAAGAGGGUGCUUGGGAAGAUUUUCUAG